AUGGCAUCCACCAAGAUCAACAAGUCCUUCCCUCCUGGCAUUCACGGCCCUUCGAUCACCUUCUUCCAAGAUGAUCAGCAACAGGAGAUUGACUGGCCUACUCAAGAGCGUCAUUUGGAGUACAUGGUCACUUCCGGCAUGCAUGGCGUUGUUCUCGCCGGCUCCAGCGGUGAAUCAGCCACUUUAAGCGUUGAAGAGAAGGGCCUGUUGGUCAAGAAGACCCGGGAGAUCGCCGACCGCCAUGGCAAGACUGACUUCACUGUCACCAUGGGUUGCUUGGCUGGCUCCACCCGGGACAUCCUUGUCCAGAUCGAGGCCGCUUACAAGAACGGUGCUGAUUUUGCCCUCACUCUGGUGCCCUCCAUCUUCCACUGGGCUAUGACCCAGAAGGCCAUCACCGACUUCUUCGAGGAGAUUGCCGACCGUGCCCCCAUUCCCAUUGUCAUCUACAACUUCCCCAACCUUCUGUCCGGUCUCGAUGUCAACUGUGACAUGUUGGAUCAGCUUGGUGCUCACCCUAAUAUCGCCGCCGUCAAGUUGACCUGUGGAGGUAUUGGAAAGGCCCAGAGAGUUGCAACACAGUUUGAGCCCGCUCAGUUCACCAGUGUUACUGGAAUGAGUGACUGGCUCGUGGCCGGUCUCACUGCUGGCAGCACUGGUUGCAUUUCAGGUGUUGCCAACAUUUUCCCUCGGGUUAUGGUUGAGAUUUACGAUCUGUUCGUGGCCGGAAAGGUGGCAGAGGCCUCUGCACUGCAGAAGAAGCUGGUCCUCCCCGAAUGGGGUAUUGGCACGUCAGAUGUCAGCGGAAUGAAGUGGAUUAUCUCCAAGGAGCGUGGUUAUCCCUUGUCCAGUGCCCACUGCCGCCGCCCCUUCCCCAAGUUCUCCGACAAGGAAAAGCAAGAGCGUGUCGUGCGCCUCGUCGCACCCCUUCUCCCUGUUGAGGAGGAACUCAAGGCCAAGAAGGUUUAA